AGAAUGAAAUCAAAUCUCAACGAUAAAAUCAAAGCCUCCUCUCGACACUUCCUAUUUUAUCUCCGAACAUCCUGACAGAAUCAAUUGAAAUCAAGAAUGAAAUCAAAUCUCAACAAUAAAAUCAACGCCUCCUCUCGACACUCCUCUUUCGCUACUCGUCGACUCUUGUUUUGGGUUUUCUACAUCUUUUGCGAGAGCGUGGGACGGGAGGAUUUGUGGGUUCUUGGGUUCCUGAAUCGGGGUGGAUCGUGUCGGUCGUGCGAUUCGAGUCUGCGUGUGCUGAAUGCUCGGUGGUUGUGGAGGUUCUUGAGGAGUGACAGCGAUGGACGACACUAACAGGAGGCCGCCGACGCCGCCGGGUGGUGUGGGGGAUGGGGGCGCUGAAGCGGCGCUUGAGGGGGCCGAUUGGAGGGCUCAGUUGGCGCCCGAAUUGCGGGAGGGGAUUGUCGACAAUAUAAUGGAUACUUUGAAGACACAUCUUCCUGUUUCUGGUCCAGAGGAUUUGCAAGAACUCAAGAAAAUUGCCAUGAGGUUUGAGGAAAAAAUUUAUACUGCUGCAACAAGCCAGUCCGAUUAUUUAGGGAAGAUAUCUCCGAAGAUGCUGACAAUGGAGACCAAGUCUCAGAGUACCUUACCUAAUGCUUUGUCAUCUAACUCUGCUGGGAGUAGCAGUAAGGACUUGGAUAUGCUGUCACAAAUUCAAAGUCAGAGCCAACCAAUUCCUAAUUCCUUAGCUGUGAAUCAGCCUCAAGUACAUCAACAGUUAUUGGUUCAGAAUGUUCAGAAUAAUGUUCAAUCUGGAGGUCAGGCUGCUGCCAGUCUAUUGUCUGCAUUGCCAUCUGUCUCUGGCUUGAAACAAUCUUCCCUCCCUAGUACUAUCGGACAAAACAACAACAUGCAAAAUAUGGCAAGUUUUUCUCAGAACUUGCUCGCAAACUCAAUGGGCCAAGGUCUCAAUAGUAACAUGUUUGUAAAUUCUGAGAGGGUAAUUCAAGCUAUGCAAAGGAUGGCUUCCCAAAAGCAACAACAACAGUCUCAGAAUCCACAGCAGUAUCUUUACCAGCAGCAGCUUACGAAGCAGAAGCUUCAGCCAGGAAACAUCCUGCACUCGCUUGUGUCAUCUCGAUUCCAACAACAGCCGCAGCAACAGAAUUUGCUACAACCGACUAAGCUGCAGGCUCCUCAGCAGUCUGUCCUUCAAACAUCUCCUGUCAUGCAGUCGCAUUCAAUGCAACUGACCCCUCUAACUGGUCUCCAACAAAAUCAACAGUCUUCAGUUCCACAGUCAACACAGUCCAUGCUUCAGCAACAUCAAGGUCUGUGGCAGCAGCAGCCUCAGCAGGCUGUUCAUCAACAGCAAGCAUCUUUGUUGCAGCAGCCAAUGUUGACUCCACAGCAGCACCAGCAGCAUCAGCUUUCAAGUCAACAGCUGAUGCAGCAGAACCUGUUGGUCGGCCAACAAAAUAACCUGGGUGAUAUGCAGCAGCAGCAGGGAUUACUUAACCAGCAGAAUAAUCUGCAAAACCUCCAGCAGCAGCAGCUGCUGAUGCUGCAGCAAAACAACCUCACAAAUAUUCAUCCUCAGCAAAUGGCACCUCAAAUUAAUGUUUCUGGGUUGAAUCAGCACCGGCCAUUGGUUGCGUCUCAAUCUGGUAACUUUAGCAUGCAGGCUGGUCAGCACCCAGUUUAUGGGCUCCAACAGUCCAAAGUUCCUUUACAGCAACAAAUACAAGGUGGCACAUCAAAUUUGCUAGCCUCUCAAGGACAACAAUCACAAGCUCAGCCAAUGCAGCAACAGUUGAUGUCACAGAUUCAACAGCAACCUGCACAAUUGCAGCAGCAAGUGGGCCUGCAACAGCAGGCCAAUAUAUUGCAGUGGGUUAUGCAUCAGAGACUUCAAGCAUUAUUGGUUCAACAGCAGAAUGUGAUUGAUCAACUAAAGCAGUUGUGCCCAUCACACAGAUCCCUUCCAGAGACAUCGACAACAUCUAUUGAUAGCUCUGCCCAGGCAGGGCAUUCGACCGAGGGUGACUGGCAAGAGGAGGCUUACCAAAAGAUUAAAUCCAUGAAGGAAGUAUAUUUACCUGAAUUGAAUGAGAUGCACCAGAAAAUCUCUAUGAAGUUACAGCAGGUGGUUGGUAUGGGAUCUAUGCAGCAGAGUCCUGUUGCUCCACAACAGGUGAACAUGAGCACCAUGCAGCAACAGGGUGGGGUAUGCAUGUUACAAUCAAAUGUCAACAAACAUCAGUCUGAUUCCAGUAUGCUUCAAUAUCAGCAUCUCAAACAGCAACAGGAACAACAGAUGCUACCGACAAAGCAGCUUAAGCAACAAUAUAAGCAACGUCAAAUGCAGCAGCAACUCAAACAACAGCUUCUGCGGCAGCAGCUACAGCAGGAUAAGCAGCAGCUUCCUUCGCAACUGCAGACUCAUCAAAGGCGUUCCAAAAUCCAACUCCGGAAUGCAGCUUGGGCUCUGCUGUUAUUAUUAGUUGUCAUCUACUAUAUUAAAGUUUUUCUUCUCUCUUAGUGUAGAAAUUGAUAGAAGACAAAAGAGGAGAGCAUACAAACUGAUUAAUGUUUGCCACUCCUCACACUUUUAUUAUUAGCUAAAUAAGACUUAGGGUCGAAUGAUAAACAUUAAGUUUCAGAAAUCUAUUUUUGGCCAUUUCAUGGGUGUUUGAUAACAUUUAUGUUAACAUGAACGAUUUUUAUUCA